GGAAGGGCUCUGUAGCCCCCCGGCUAUGGCCCCAUGGGCCCUGCUGCAUCACGAUGGCUCUGCAGAAACCUGAGCUCCCAGCAGUGACUGCGGCUCCCUAUUUGUGGCAUGUGACUUGUCCCCAGAAACAGGCGCUGCUAUUUUGGCUGGUGGAUAAUCAGCCUCUCAAAAAUAGGCGAUGGCUCCAGGAGGGUGCGUGGGGAGAGAGCGUUCUGGAAAGGACACACCCCUGGGCAGGGGAGAAUAAAAUCCGCUGCUCCCCUGCCCCAACCCAGCACCGAUCAGAGCUGCAGCACAGCCAGGAGCACUCGCUGAGAAAAGAGAUGCUUUGCCGCCUGCACUUUAUGCCACCCAUGUCCAGCUCGCUGUUCCCGUGGCUGGGACCCGUCCGCACCCUCUGGCCACAUCCAGGCACCCUCUUCGCCGAGCUGGAGCGGGAGAUGCGGCUGGAAAUGGAGAGGGCUCGGGAGUUCAUGAGCAGCGUGGAGCAGUACCUGACCAGUGGGAGCAGCCCCGGGCGGCUUGGCAUCACCACAGACCGCGCGUCCAGCACCAGCGCAGCCCUGACCCAGGGCUCCGGUGACGGCUUCUCUGUCUGCCAGGACGUGAAGGACUUUGCGCCCGAGCAGCUGUCGGUGAAGGUGGUGGGCAGGAAGGUGGUGCUGGUGGGGCAGAAGGAGACGCAGAGCACAGACGAGAAGGGCUCGUUCUCCUACAAGUACGAGGUGCUGAAGCGGGAGUGGGACGUGCCCGAGGAGGUGGAUGCCGAAGCGCUGACCUGCUCCCUGUCCAAGGAUGGGCAGCUCCGCAUCGAGGCCCCCAAGCUGGCACUGCCGGCCGCUCCCGAGAGGAACGUGCCCAUCCAGAUGGGGCCGGCGGUGGCACAGCCAGCUGGCAGCACUGAGGAGGGAGCCGAGCGGGCCAAGGCUUGA